GGCCGGAAGCGAGUUGAGCGGCUCUCAGCGAGCGCCGCCUGUACUUCCGGGGACUUGAGCCUAGCUCUUGAGUCUUUCCUGUAGGAGGCGCGGGAGGGAAAACUUUGCAGAGCAGUGCUGGGAAGGAAGAUCACCUCCGCUUCCCAAUGUGAGCAGUUUCCCGAACGCUCUUUAGGAGAAGGUUGCCCAGAGAGGUGGUGGACGGGAACAUGAGGCAGCGUCUCCUCUUCCUGACCACUUUGGUGCCUUUCGUCCUGGCACCCCGACCUCCGGAGGAACCAGGCUCUGGCUCCCACCUGCGACUUGAGAAGCUUGAUUCUUUGCUCUCAGACUACGAUAUCCUCUCUUUAUCUAAUAUCCAGCAGCACUCCAUAAGGAAAAGGGAUCUACAGUCUUCAACACACUUAGAAACACUAUUGACUUUUUCAGCUUUGAAAAGGCAUUUUAAAUUAUACUUGACUUCAAGUACCGAACGCUUUUCACAAAACUUGAGAGUCGUGGUGGUAGAUGGGAAGGAAGAAAGUGAGUACAGUGUGAAGUGGCAGGACUUCUUCAGCGGACACGUGGUUGGUGAGCCUGACUCUAGGGUUCUAGCCCACAUAGGAGAUGAUGAUGUUACAGUAAGAAUCAACACAGAUGGGACAGAAUAUAACAUAGAGCCCCUUUGGAGGUUUGUCAAUGAUACUAAAGAUAAAAGAAUGCUGGUGUAUAAGUCUGAAGAUAUCAAGGAUUUUUCACGUUUGCAGUCUCCAAAAGUAUGUGGUUAUUUGAAUGCAGAUAGUGAAGAGUUGCUUCCAAAAGGGCUCAUAGACAGAGAGCCAUCUGAAGAGUUUGUUCAUCGAGUGAAGAGACGAGCUGAACCUAACCCCUUGAAGAAUACUUGUAAAUUACUGGUGGUAGCAGAUCAUCGAUUUUAUAAAUACAUGGGCCGCGGAGAAGAGAGCACCACUACAAAUUACUUAAUAGAGCUAAUUGACCGAGUUGAUGACAUAUACCGGAACACCUCGUGGGAUAAUGCAGGAUUUAAAGGUUAUGGAAUACAGAUAGAACAGAUUCGAAUUCUCAAGUCUCCACAAGAGGUAAAACCUGGUGAAAGACACUUCAAUAUGGCAAAAAGUUUCCCAAAUGAAGAGAAGGAUGCUUGGGAUGUGAAGAUGUUGCUAGAGCAAUUUAGCUUUGAUAUAGCUGAAGAAGCAUCUAAAGUCUGCCUGGCUCAUCUUUUCACGUACCAAGAUUUUGAUAUGGGAACUCUUGGAUUAGCUUACGUUGGUUCUCCCAGAGCAAACAGUCAUGGAGGGGUUUGUCCAAAAGCAUAUUAUAACCCAACUGUGAAGAAAAACAUCUAUUUAAAUAGUGGUCUGACCAGUACAAAAAAUUAUGGUAAAACCAUUCUCACAAAGGAAGCUGACCUGGUUACAACUCAUGAAUUGGGACACAAUUUUGGAGCAGAACAUGAUCCUGAUGGGCUAGCAGAAUGUGCCCCAAACGAGGACCAAGGAGGAAAGUAUGUUAUGUAUCCCAUAGCUGUGAGCGGUGACCAUGAGAAUAAUAAGAUGUUUUCAAACUGCAGUAAACAGUCCAUCUAUAAGACCAUAGAAAGUAAGGCUCAAGAGUGCUUCCAGGAGCGCAGCAACAAGGUGUGUGGCAACUCCAGGGUGGACGAAGGGGAGGAGUGUGACCCAGGCAUCAUGUACCUGAAUAAUGACACCUGCUGCAACAGUGACUGCACGCUGAAGCCGGGUGUGCAGUGCAGUGAUAGGAACAGUCCUUGCUGUAAAAAUUGUCAGUUUGAGACGGCCCAGAAGAAGUGCCAGGAGGCUAUUAAUGCUACUUGCAAAGGAGUGUCUUACUGCACAGGGAAUAGCAGCGAGUGCCCCCCACCAGGAGAUGCCGAAGAUGACACUGUGUGCUUGGACCUUGGCAAGUGCAAGGCUGGGAAAUGCAUCCCCUUCUGCAAGAGGGAGCAGGAGCUGGAGUCCUGCGCAUGCGCUGACACUGACAACUCGUGCAAGGUGUGCUGCAGGAACCUUUCUGGCCCGUGUGUGCCUUACGUCGAUGCAGAGCAAAAGAACUUAUUUUUGAGGAAAGGGAAGCCGUGCACAGUAGGGUUCUGUGACAUGAAUGGCAAAUGUGAGAAACGAGUACAGGAUGUAAUCGAGCGAUUUUGGGAUUUCAUUGACCAGCUGAGCAUCAACACUUUUGGGAAGUUUCUGGCAGAUAACAUCGUUGGGUCUGUUCUGGUUUUCUCCUUGAUAUUUUGGAUUCCUUUCAGCAUUCUUGUCCACUGUGUGGAUAAGAAAUUGGACAAGCAGUAUGAAUCCCUGUCUCUGUUUCAUCACAGUAACAUUGAGAUGUUGAGCAGCAUGGAUUCAGCAUCUGUUCGCAUCAUCAAGCCCUUUCCUGCACCCCAGACUCCAGGUCGUCUGCAGGCCCUGCAGCCGGCUGCCAUGAUGCCACCAGUAUCUGCAGCUCCAAAACUGGACCACCAGAGGAUGGACACCAUCCAGGAAGACCCCAGCACAGACUCACAUGUGGAUGAUGACGGCUUUGAGAAGGACCCCUUCCCCAACAGCAGUACAGCUGCCAAGUCCUUUGAGGAUCUCACAGACCACCCAGUCACUAGGAGUGAAAAGGCCGCCUCGUUCAAGCUGCAGCGGCAGAGCCGAGUUGACAGCAAAGAGACAGAGUGCUAGUGGGAGCCUUGGCCUGCUCCAGGACAUAGACCUGCAGACGGUCCACAGAGCUGACCUGAAUCAAAACAGACUGUAAUCUGAGAAACAGGGAAGCCACUUAGCAGAUGCUGGCCAUGUAUGUGAUCUAUGACCUUCACACGAUAUCCUUUGUAUGUAGGCCCUUUGAAGAGAUGAGGUAAAUCUGGCUUAUUUAAGGCUUUCAGGUUUUGGGCUUUCUUUUAUAAUCUAAAGUCUCCUUUGACCUGUGGUGCAAAAGCAGAAAAUAAGGCUGGAUCAAGUUCCUGGUGACAGCGCUGAUUAAGUCUUCAGUCUGUUUUUCUGUAUACUGUAAGGGUCCUCUGACUGCAGUGAAGCACUUAGCAGUGAGGAUAACUGGAACAUAGACAUACUUUUUUUUUUUUUGGCCUUCAAGUAAAAGAGGAGCAAGAGAAACCUGCUUGUACGUUGUCUCCACAUGUGGUCUCUGUCAGCACUGAACUCUUUAUAGAUGGAGAGACCUGUCUACACUUAAGACCAUUCGCAUUAAGAGCAGUCCUUUCCAAGAUGAAGACUCUAGCUUCUGGAACAGUCUAUAGACAGCCACAUGAACUUCAAGAUGUCUAUUAGCUGUUCAGCCACAGGUUCACUGGGCAGUUUCUUCAUUUUAUAAAAGUGUCUUCACAUAUCUCUAACAUUGUUUGCCUUAAAAAAAAAUCAAUAUUGGGCUGGAGAGCACUUGGUCUCAUUCCCAGCACCACCCACAUGGUGGUUCUUAACUGUCUAUAACUCCAAUCCCAGGGGAGAUGACAUCUUCUGACCUCCAGGACAUGAGGCAUGCAUUGGUGCACAGACAAACAUGCAGGCAAAACAUUCACACACAUAACAUUUUUAAAAAGCCAAGUGCUAGGAAGUAGCAGCAUGCACAAAGCCUACAGUGCUUCGCAGGCUGAGGUGGGUGUGAGCAGGCGCUAGUCCCAGAACCACUCUGGCCAGGCCAGGAAGAGGGCGUGGGUGUGAGGAGGUGGUGCUGCCACCUGGGGCCCGCCCUGGAAGAACUGAUCUUCAGUCUCAGCAAGUAGACACUCACAUGAUCUUUGGCUUUGGUGUUUCAGGACCCUGGAUGUCUGUACUUACUGUGUGAGGAAUAAAUGCCAUUAGCCCGAAUGCUGAUUUCUAUAAAUUCUAGUUAUAAAAGCUUUUUUUUUGCCAGGCGGUGGUGGCACACGCCUUUAAUCCCAGCACUUGGGAGGCAGAGGCAGGCAGAUUUCUGAGUUCGAGGGCAGCCUGGUCUACAGAGUGAGUUCCAGGACAGCCAGGGCUACACAGAGAAACCCUGUCUUGAAAAAACAAAAACCAAAAAAAAAAAAGCUUUUUUUUUU